AUGAUUCGCGAUGCUGUGUAUGACCAAGUGCAUCAACAUCCCGACACCGAGCGUGCCAAUGCCUUGUUAAAGUGGUCUGAGAUUUUCUUGCUGGAGCCCGAGGCCACUAGCCCAGGGAGGAUGUUGUUGCGAGCUACGGGAAAUAGUGAGUCCAUCAUGAGGACAUUGGAGGAUACCUUCAGGAAGAAAUCCACAUCGACCAUCAUGCAACGUGCUGGAUCUCUGGGAUUAUUCCUGGCUUGGUUCAAAUUGAGUCAUCGCUUCGAGUCCUUCUUCCUAUCUCAGAAGAAGUGGUCUACGAGUAUGCCUGUGAUUGUCGAAAUACUGGAAAGAGUGCAUGCAUCUUUGAUUGGCAGGUACUAUGAGGGAGCGCUCAGCCGUACAAAGACCGCGAAGAGUAAAGAGAAAGCCACGUCUUUCUUGCCCUUGGUUUGUCCAGCCUUUGGGUUGUUAGGACGAAACUGGCUGCACGAGUUUUUGCUGUCAAGAUGCGAACUGGGACUAAGCGAUGUGCCUAGCUUAGCUUCGAGAUCCAAUGACAUCACUUAUGUUUUGGUGCCAAGCUCUUCGCCAUUGAAUGAAGGGAAAGACAGGCCUAUGAGAUCGCCGGAACUGACAGAUCGUCUUCGUGCUAUCCUUGGGCUUGGCUUCAGUAAUGAGGACAUCACUGGAGUCAGCAGUCAUUCUCUUAAAGCGACUCUGCUAUCCUACAUGAACGUGUGGGGAAGCGCCUUGGAGGUUAACGAAAUCUUAGGAUUUCACGUUAACCAGAUGCAUGGGUCAGCUAUCAAUUAUACCCGAGAUGCACUCAGUCAUCCCAUUCGUUUGCUGGUUUCAAUGUUAGCAGAUCUGCGCGAAGGCAAAUUUGUCCCCGAUGCGCCACGCGACUACACUUUCCCAGAGAAGAGCAUGACCAUCCCUGUUCACCAGUUGUUUGAGCAAAACACUGGACUGUCGGUACUAGAGGCGGCUGAGCGCAUGGCCGGAGAUCGUAGUGUCAUGCCAGCUGCUGAAGCCGAGAAGACAGCGGAACGGUUGGGGCGCAUGAUGGUGCUCGCAGGUGUCACUAGAGCUGGUUUGGUUGAGCAUUUAAGUGACACAGAGGAGUAUGCUCUAUAUCAUAGCAAUAUGGGCGACUGGGUUCAUGGCAACAAGCAAGACCAGCCCCAGGUGAUCGACGAUUCAAGUUCUUCCAGCUCCGAUUCGUCUUCAGGGAGUGACAUGCUUGAUUCGAAAGCUGCAUUCAAAGCUCGUGCUCUGGAGAUCGGGGUGGCAGAUGCUGAGCUAAAUCGUUUGAGCCUGUUGAACCUGGACAGCUUCGGAACCUUAGCAUAUGGAUGUAGUUAUGUGCCAGGCCAAGCGGAUGACCAACCAUUGAUUGCUUUGAUCGAAAAGGUUUGCAACUCUCAGCCGGCGCCAGAAGAUAGGCUGCCUGUGAUCAGGCGUUUGUUCUUUGAGAGCUACACUUUGGCAAAUGCUGACUUGAGGUCACGUGUUGAUCGUAAAGAUGACGAGCAACCUCGCAAACUCGCUCAAGCAGAGCGUGCAGCAAGGCACAAAGACCAACAGGCUCGGUUAACGGGUCUGGAGCUCACAGGUGAGUUGGAGCCAUCGAAUGCCCUGGUAGACUUAGUCUUUCAGAUGUUGGAGGAGAACCAGUUGCGUUACAUUAGAUGGGAGCAGUGCACCAAGCGUGAUCAGGAGUUGCUUGGUAUCAAGCAUGACCCAUUGUGGAAGCCAGGCAGUGAUGGCGUAGUCAGAGAGGUGAAGCAGAAGACUGAGACCUUAGCAGAUACGAGCUCUGACCUUUGCUUGAAAUAUUGUUUGCAGCGCAGAAGCCUGGCGCUGGAUCAGGCCAGGUUGAUUGACUAUGACAAGAUGGAGCGCUGGUCACGAACGAUGCUGGAGGCCUAUGCCGCGUUGCCCAUUGAUGGCUACAAGAAGGUCAGCUUGGAUCAGAUUCAACGGGCUGAUUUGGAGCUCUUCAAAUACCUCAUGAAGAACAGUCGAGAAGGAAUUCGUCCGGCAGGAGGAGUGGCCCCACUGGAAGCCAUUUUGGACAGAGCAAUCACAGCUGCCGAGAUUCGGUUGCUGUUGGCCCCUCUGCCUGCAGGAUCAUCUUCAGGUACAAAACGCAAGCAUGAUGAAGCCGAAGAAGACAUGUCGGCAGGCAAGCUUCGAGGCUCCGUGGAUGAGGUCACCAAGUUGAAGAGGACCAUUGAAAACCUCACAGGACAGGUGAGGAAUCUCAAAGGCCGUGGCUCAAAGCCACCUUCCUCUAGCGGCAAGGGCAAGGGUCCUGGAAGAGGUGGCAAAGGUCUCACGACGAGAGCUUUCAGAUCCUCCGUGAAGAUGCCAGCAGAAUUGAUGGGACAAAAUCCCAUGACUGACAGUGGCGAACCGAUUUGUUACAGCUACAAUUUGAAUGGUUGCCCAGAUGCCGCUCCAGGACAACGCUGUACCAAAGGUUGGCACGUGUGCACUAAGCCUGGAUGUCAGGCAGUGCACUCCCAGAGGAAUCACAAGUGA